AUGGCAUUGCGGAAGACGCUGCGAUCCAGGAGGAAGAACAGCGGCCGCCACGAGCACCCGCAUUGCAUCGGUCAGCUCCAGGAAGAGGAGCUUUCCAAUCUCCCAGAGUCUCCCGAUCCCUCUUUCUUUGCCUCUCUCCUCCGAAAAUGUACUCUUCUUCCCCAAGGGCGGCAUCUCCACCACUACAUCGCGCUGAGCGGCCUCGAGCCCACCUCACGGUUUCUCACCAACAUGCUAAUUUACAUGUAUGGCAUCUGCGGUAGCAUUGACGAUGCGUGGACUGUCUUUGGUCGGAUGCGAUCCCCCAGGAACGUUUUCUCGUGGAACAUCUUGUUUUCAGCAAAUGCCUUUAAUGGGCAUUUUGAUGAAGCGCAGGUUGUGUUUAAUUUCAUGCCACAACGUGAUAACGCUUCGUGGACGCUGUGCAUUGCUAUGUUCGCUCGAUCCGGUCAAAUUGUUAUAGCAAGAAAUGUUUUUGAUGCGAUUUUCCAGCCGGAUGUUACUGCCUGGAACGCGAUAAUCGCAGUCUAUGCCGAAACCGGGCAUAACAAAGAGGCGCAAGCGCUCUUUCAGAAGCUGGAUCUCGAGGGAGUCCACCCGGACAGCAUCACUCUCAUCUCCGUGCUAGAUUCCUGCGACGAUGUCCAGCUCGGAAAGACCAUCCACAGCGAGGCCGAGCUCGGCGGCUUCCUUGAUUCGAGCGUCAACCUAGGAACCGCGCUGGUGACGAUGUAUGGGAGGUGCGGGAGCUUGAUCGCUGCCGAGCAAAGCUUCUCGCGAAUGCUUCGCCGAAACGUCGUGAGCUGGAGCGCCAUGACUUCCGCAUUCGCUCGCAACGGGGAGAUCGAGCGAGCGGAGCUGACUUUUGAGAGGAUCCCGUCUCACUGCUCUAUCUCCGCCAACACGAUGAUCUGGGCUUUCGUCCAGAGCAGCCAGCUCCAGCGCGCUAAGAAGAUCUUCGACGGAAUGCUGGAGAGAGAUAGAGUUUCUUGGAGCUCGAUGCUGUGCGGCUACACCCAGCGCGACCAUCUACAUCUCGCGCGGGAGUUCUUCCACUCGAUGCCAGGGAGAUUUGCGAGCGUGAGCGCGUGGAACACGAUCGUGGCGGCCUACGCCCGCGCCGGGGACUUCCCAGAGACGGUCCAUCUCUUCAAGCGCAUGGAUCUCGAGGGAUUCCCAGCGGACGAGCUCACCUUCUCGAGCGCAUUCGAGGCUUGCAGUGGCCUCUCGGACGUGAGAACCGGGAGGAUCCUUCACGCAAACUUCGACGAUCGCGGCCUCCCGCUGGACGAGUACGCGGGAACCUCGCUCGUGACAAUGUAUGGGAGCUCCGGGAGCUUGGAAGAGGCCGAGGCUGUCUUCUCGGCCAUGCCCAGCCGCAACGCCGUCGCCUGGAACGCCAUGAUCGCGGCCUACGAUCACAAUGGCCGCGGGAAGAGAGCGCUGGAGAAGUUCCGGGAGAUGGAGCUUGUGGGCGAGCUUCCGGAUCAGAUCACGUUCAUCACUGCUCUGGCGGCGUGCAGCCACGUCGGGCGUGUGGAAAUCGGGCGCGAGUUCUUCUCGAAGAUGGCGGACUAUGAGAUCUGUCCGGUGGUGGAUCACUACCUCUGCAUGCUCGAUCUUUUGGGGCGAGCCGGGCGCUUGCAAGAGGCCGAGGAGCUGCUCGAGAGCAUGCCGUUUGUGCCUGACGAUGUUGCAUUGACUACUUUGCUGGCGGCUUCCCGAGUUCUUGGAGAUGCGAGGAAGGGUGCCACCGCCGCAGACAAGGCAGUGAAGUUGGAGGGUGGCGACUCUUCGUUUUACGUGUUGCUUUCUAAUGCUUAUACCUCAACUGAUUGA